UUUACCACUGAGUCACGUUGCUUCAAGGACAACAACUGAGAAUAUUUCUUUGCCAACAAAAGCAUCAUCACAUCUCGGUUCCGUUUGGUUUUAAAACCCUCUCGUUUUUAGAUUAAACACCGGACACGAUAUUGCAAUCUUCAGUGACAGUUGCGGCGUACAUGUUUACUUUCUAUCUUUAAUUUUUUCCAUAUUGAGCGCGUUAAAAGCAAUAAAACGUUUUAAGCGAAGUGCAUACGAAUAUUAAGGAUUGUUGUGCCAACGUGGCAAGACCGCUGAUGGGGAAUUAUGCCUUGGAUGAAUGCAGCUCAAGAUUUGUCAGUCAGAGAGAAACAGAGCACGACACAGUUUAUUAUCCACGCUCGUCGAGGCUUCUAAUUGCGGAGUUGAGAAAUUAGAGAGUUUCAGCUGGGCGAUCGUUUUUCCGAGAAAAGCUUGAAAAUACUACAUCAGUUUGUAGGCCGCGAAACUUCUCCCUCAAAAUGAACAACAGUUCCAAUGUAUCAACGACAAACGCAACAACCGCCGGUGCUCCACCACAGGGUACUUCUCAUGAGUUCAAAAUUGGUAUAACAUGUGCGUAUGCAGUUAUUUUUACCAUCGCUUUCCUUGGAAAUUCAUUUGGGUUGUACGUUGUGUUAAAGAAGUCUUCCUCUACCAGCGUCACGAACUUGUUUAUCGCCAACAUGGCCGUUGCAGAUCUGAUGUUGACGUGUACAAUCAUGCCGGUUCAGGUGAAUUUCAUUCAUGGGGAUCUUUCUUGGAUUCCAGGAAUAUUGGGAAACGUGACUUGCAAGCUGGUGUUCUACUUUAUCCCAGUUUCAAUAGCGGCAACUGUGUUCACGAUGAUGUUCAUUUCCUUCGAUCGAUUUUACGCCAUAUUCUAUCCACUGAGAGAGAAGAUCUUCCGCAAGCCAAAAAUAUUGUCGGCCACAAUUUGGAUUCUAUCUUUAGUGCUGAUGGUCCCAUAUCCUAUGUUGUACCAAAUAGAGUAUAAUCCUCAAUUGAACAAGCAUUUUUGUUUACAAGUGUGGCCAUGGCAAGACAAAAACGAUGUUACAAAUGCUGAAACCUAUCGCGUACUUAAGAUCUUUCACACUACGAUUUUCGUUGUGCUUUACGCAUGGCCCCUUACAGUAACCAUCGUCAUCUACUUCUUAAUUUGCCGUAAACUAUGGCUUCGAAAGAUCCCGGGAAAUGUGACAACUACCAAUCGCGCUGCGGCUGAAAAAUCCAAACGCAAAGUUGUUCGGUUAUUAGUCAUAAUCGUCUUGGUCUUUGCAAUCUGCUGGUUCCCAAAUUAUAUUGAUCAUUACAUUUGGUUCGUGCGACCUGAGCUUGGGAACUCGAUACCGCAGGAAGCACAGCUAAUGUUUUUGUGGCUCGCGCACGCAAACAGUGCAAUAAAUCCAUCACUUUAUAUUUUGCUGAACAGCAAAUUUCGCAAAGAACUUUUCAUCACGAUGACUUGCUGUCC